CUGCUGCUAAGCAUCGAUCGCCCCAUAACCAUUGGGAGGCAUCCAUCUUGCUCAUACGUCGUUCCAGAUAUGGUGGUUUCCAAUGUGCAUUGUAAACUAUAUGCCAUCCGGCCGAGUAACGGUGGUGUAUUGGUGUCAUGCGAAGACUUUUCCACUAACGGCCUACUGCUGAACGGACACAAGAUCCGUAAAACGUCCGUCUUGCUAAUGGACGGAGACGUUGUCCAGAUUCCGCACUCGCAAAAGUUCGAGUGUGUCCAUAUGCAGAAGCCCGUUGGGCAGAAAAACAACAUCUUCGACCCGACACCUCCCCGAGAGCCACAGCUGAAAACGAAGCGCGUUGGUCAAUACUUGGUCACAUCCCAUUGUUUAGGAAGCGGCAGCUUCGCAACAGUACAUCUCGCGAUGGACACAACUGCGUUCAGACAGGCAGCGUGCAAAACUAUCAAGCGGAAGAGCAAGGACAAGGUCGAAAAGGUCAUGAAAGAAGUGGAUAUCCUCAUCGCAUUGAACCAUCCUAACAUCAACCGAGUUUGGGCCGCGCAACAUGAUGACCACUUCCUACACAUAUUUCUCGAGCUGUGCACGGGCGGUGAUCUGUUCUCAUAUAUUGUUGGCCAUGAAAACUCCCGCAUGUCAGAAGGCGAAGCCAAGUACCUCAUGUUUCAGCUAUUCAGAGGUCUGAAAUAUCUGCAUGACAAACUGAUUUCUCAUCGCGACCUCAAACCCGAGAAUAUUCUUCUUCAUACUCCAGGUCCAUAUCCUCGGAUCCAGAUCGCGGACUUCGGUCUUGCUCGCCCAAAAGCCUACCAGGAAACUUUCAAUGUCUGCGGCACAGUGUCCUACUUACCUCCGGAAGGGAUUCUAGCCCUCGAUCACAAACAUCUCGGCUAUGUCGGCAUGCCCGCUGACUGUUGGAGCGCGGGAGUGAUAAUCGGCGGCCAUCCCUUCGAUUAUGACAAAUUGGAGGGCGAGUCAGACUGGUAUUCGUACAGCACAUCGGAGGUUCUCGGCGAUGCCUCACAAGCUCCCGAGCCAUCGCAAUGUUCCGCACAAAGUGAUCGCAUUGUGAAGAAGAGGAUUGUCCAUGGCGAGCCCGACUUUCCCCCGUAUGUCUGGGGCAAAAUCCCUCACGCGCAAUUCCUUUGCAGCCAAUUGCUCAUCUACAACCCUUUUGAGCGGGCGACCAUCCCCGGGGCUCUUCGGAGCGAAUGGUUCGAAUGUGAAUCCGCCGAGCUUGAAGCAGCCUACCGCGACCGUAUCGGGACACUCUGA